AUGCUGAUGACGAACGCGACGGCCGGGCCCUCGACGCUGUUCCUCCUCCCGCCCCGCCCGCCGCACCCCCCGCCCCGCCUCGCCAGCACCGACGAUCUCCUCACGCGUUUCCAGCUGCUGCCCGCCUACGACAAGUACGUACGGGACGACGACGACGCCCAGGCCCAGCCUCCCCCACCCGACAACGGCAAGGGCAAGGCACGUGAGCAGGCGAGCCCCGCGCCGCAGACGCCCGGCGAGCAGGACGGCGACGACGACGACGGGCAGCCGAAGGGCGAGAAGAAGAAGAAAAACAGCUACAAGCACCUCAUCAAGGGCGUCCCCGGGAAACACUCGAUGAAGAAGGACGACUAUUUGGGUGGCAUCAUGCUCGUCCCGCCCAAGCAGCACAUCAAGAUCGUCCCGUUCGACCUCCGCACCCAGCGUGAGGCGUUCGCCGUCAGCCUCGAGGGCCUCAAAGGCUGGAACCCGAAUACCCUGAUACUCGAGUCGGCGCAGGCGCGGGAGGACCGGAAGCGCCGGAAGGAGCUGAAGCGGCUGGCCAAGGCCCACCAGCAGCAGAUCGCCGCCAACAUCGUCACGGGCUCGCCACUCCCGACAGCAGUGGGCACGCCGCGGCCCGCGGUCUCUGCAGGGACCCCGCGACCGACCGUCGGCACCCCGCGGACGGCCCCAAGACCGGCGCUGCCCCCGGUCACCACCGCUGCGGGCCGUGUGGGGACCCCGAUGCGGACCGGCGCGACCCCGACGACGCCGCACCCCCUCAGCGCACAUCCCGUGACCGCCGAGCGGGGCGUCAAGCGCGAGCGCGAGCCGGAUGUGCUGGCGAGUGUGAAUGGCCAUGGGUUGCCGGCGGUAAUGGGAGGGGGGGUGCCACAGCAGCAAGCGCCUACGACGAUCGGGGCAUCAAAGGCGGGGAUAGCAGGGGCCCGCCCGCGUCCGCUCAAGAAGCAGAAGACGGACCACAUCCCGAUCCAUCAGCAGCCGACACCGCAGGGAGUGUAG